UCCUCAAAGUCUGAUUGCUGAGCUCGGCUCAUCGCACUCGCUGCAACACGUCUUGUCAACCUUGCAGUUUACGCGUGACCCAGAGAGACAGUGACAGGCUAGUGAGAGGUCGGAGUAGCUGGAUGUAAAGGCAAAAUAAUCGAAAUUCAAAAUUGUACAGAUCAGUGGAUUUUAAGGCAAUCCAAUAAGAGUGGACGUUUAAGUGAAAUUGAUGUUCCAAUCGGGAACUCUUCCCUCAACAUGAGGGGCCGUCAAUGAUUCGGGUAUUGAACAAACAUGUUGCGAAGUUCAAUAUCCUUAUUUUAAGUAUUGGGUUAGAGCACUCAGCGCAAUUACGCACGGCAUCAAAAUGGUUUCAUUUUUGGAUAGACGUGCCCCUGCUUUGUUCCUUGUAUGGGGCUACUGCGUCCUGGCGGACACAGUAUUUUAUAACUUUACCCUGGACAAUGAGGUACACUCGAGUUUCAUCCACCGGCGGCUGAAAAGCCAGGAGCGCAGGGAGAUGCAGCGGGAAAUCCUCUCGAUACUCGGGCUCCCACACCGGCCGCGACCGCAUCUCCACGGGAAGCACAACGCGGCCCCAAUGUUCAUGAUGGACCUGUACAAUGCCAUGUCCACGGAGGGGGAAGAGGACGCGUACUCCUAUCCAUACAAACCCGUCUUCACCACCCAGGGGCCGCCGAUAGCAACUCUACAGGACAACAACUUGCUAAACGACGCAGACAUGGUUAUGAGCUUUGUCAAUUUAGUGGAGCACGAUAAGGAGUUUCUCUCGGUCCGGCGGCACCACAGAGAGUUUCGUUUCGACCUAUCACGUAUCCCCGAUGGGGAAGCGGUCACCGCUGCAGAGUUCCGCAUCUAUAAGGACUUCAUCCACGAGCGCUUUGAGAAUGAGACCUUCCGCAUCAGUGUCUACCAGGUGCUGAAGGAACACAACGACAGGGAGUCGGACCUGUUUCUGUUGGACUCGCGGGUCAUCUGGGCGGCUGAGGAGGGCUGGCUGGUGAUUGAUGUGACAUUGACCAGUAACCACUGGGUUCUGAAUCCUGGACGCAACCUGGGCCUGCAGCUGGCUCUGGAGAGCACCGCGGGUGAGAGUGUGAACCCGCGGAUGGCAGGGCUGAUCGGCCUCAGUGGUCCUCAGAAUAAACAGCCCUUCAUGGUGGCCUUCUUCAAAGCCACAGAGGUGCACCUGCGCAGCAUCCGCUCAGCACCAGGGGGCACCAAACAACGCAACCCCAACCGCUCCAAAGGGGCCAACAAGGGCCAGGAGGCACUUCGAGUGACCAACAUCGCAGAGAACAGCAGUGCUGAUCAGAAGCAGGCAUGCAAGAAACACGAGCUCUAUGUCAGCUUCAGAGACCUGGGGUGGCAGGACUGGAUCAUAGCUCCAGAGGGCUAUGCAGCUUAUUACUGUGAGGGAGAGUGUGCCUUCCCUCUCAACUCCUACAUGAAUGCCACUAACCACGCCAUCGUGCAGACACUAGUCCACCUAAUAAACCCAGACACUAUUCCUAAGCCCUGCUGUGCUCCCACCCAGCUCCAUGCCAUCUCAGUGCUCUACUUUGACGACAGCUCCAAUGUCAUCCUCAAGAAGUACCGCAACAUGGUGGUCAGAGCCUGUGGCUGCCAUUAGACUCCAGCCAACCUCUCAACCCUCAGAACACACACACACACACACACACACAUUCCUGCCUCUAAAUAUCCCUCAACACUCGUCACUUUCAUCUAGAGACUUGAAUGGACACAUGAAUGAACUACAUGUCCUAGAGUGCCUUGCCGUGCUGCUGGAUAGGAGCUACAUGAGCACUGGCGGACAAUCAUGAUUAUUGAGUCCAACCUGGAAAACACACACAAACACAAACACCCACAUACACACACACACACACACUUUCUGUGCUUUCUACUGUGUGUGAGACAUUAUAAGCAGUGAUUGUAUAGUAAUACACAGUCCACAAUAUUUUGUUCAUGUCAAUAUGUUUUCUGUGUAGUUAAAGGUGUUUUUCUAGAUAUUUUUGAUCUAUAUUGUUUUUGUAUGCUUUUUAUGACUGAAAGACUAGGCUUUAGGAAGUGUGGAUGCUCUAUGGACUCUUCAUGUACAUUACUGUGUAAAUAGUUUUUCAAACAAAGAGAAGUGUAUUUAUUUCCUGGUCUUGGGAAUGUUAAGGGUAGGUUCAAUGUUUCUCCUCUGUACUCCAGUGUCUACAUGUACUGUAUGUUAUGCAACUCUUUACAUUGCGUCCCACUCAUCAUACAGUAUAGUACAAACACACCUCUCUCUCUCUCUUUCUCGCUCUUCCGCUCUCUCUCUCUCUCUCUCUCUCUCUCUCUCUCUCUCUCUCUCUCUCUCUCUCUCUCUCUCUCUCUCUCUCUCUCUCUCUCUCUCUCUCUCUCUCUCUCUCUCUCGCUCUCUCUCUCUUUCUAUCUCUUGUUCUCUCCCUCUCUGUUUUACACCAUGCUUGCUCAGUUGUUUGCCCUGCAGAGUAACAGUGUUAAAUCUAUCAUCAGUGUGGACCUAUCAUUACAGUCUUGUCAUGGGAAACAACUCUGCCCUUUCCUCUCCAUAUCCCAAACAUUGUCUUAAUGUUACUCUGAUGUCAUAGUGUAUUGACUCAGAUAUAGAAAAAAGUGGAUAGUUCUCUUCAGAAAAAACGACAACAUUUGCACUAAUAUAGCUCUGUUUAUAAGCUAGGCUUAAAAACGUGUCACACAAGUCAUUGAGAAGCAAUAAUACAGAGGGUUUCAGAAAAACAGACGUAAGAGAAAGAAGGGGGAUUGAGAGAGAUAGAUAUGUGUACUUGUGUGCCAGGCCAUUUUAGGAUGGUCUGUCUAUUUAAGAGGACUAUUUAUUGAGAGGCGAGAAGGCUGGUAUUCUCUACCAACGCUAAAUCUUAUUAACUUACAAAAGUCUUUGUUUUACUGCAGAACUGGUUCAAUAAAAUGGGAGGAAGCAUCACUGAC